ACGUUGGUACUGGGCACUAGUUUAUUCGGCUAUGACUGUGUUGGGAAACAUUCACAAUUUAUGACAUGGACGAUUAUGACAACGACAAAACUAUGAUAUUACUUUUGAAAUUUUAUUUAAGAUCACAAUUUAUGAUGUUGUAGAAUACCACCAAGGACUCACUUAAGAAUUGUAGCUAGCUAUAUAAAAUCUUGGAAAUGGCUUACCAACCAAACAUUUACAAUUCUCAACAAAGACAACCUUUUCCAGCUAUGCAACCGAGACACAGUUCUAACUUCCAACGUCCAUCUGUUCCAAAUCUUCAUUCUGUUCCUGUACAAAAUCAAAACCAAGUAAUGCCCAAUGGAUACCAACCAAAUAGAUCUUCUUCACAAGCAAAAAUACAAACUGCAAGUCAACCUACUCAGGGACAUAACAUCUCAUAUAGUACAGCAGUACCUCCUCGUUAUCCAAGCCCAGUUCAAAAUGUCUUAUCAACUGGUGUAAAUGGUGAACAUCUUAGGGGCAGCCCGUUGUUAAACGGCAGCAAAACACCACCUGUCAGGCAUAUUUCCACAAGGCCUCCAUUGUCAUCAAAUUCCAUGCCCACCAUGCCUGUGCCAGUUUCAAAUGUAUUAACCAAUGCUCAACAACUACCCUCUUCACAUUAUUCUGUCAGACCACCAAUGAGCAAUCCUGUUAGUCAAGGUCUAAGUACUCAUAAUCAAUCCACACAACCAGGCAAUGCAGGCAUUCCUGCUGGUAAAAGAAGACCUUAUCCACAACAAGUUGCACCAAGCAUUCCAACUAGUUAUAGCCAACCAAGCAACACAUCGAUGUCCAAUAAUCCUCAAAUGAUAAACAGUGCUGGUCAUAGAAUGCAGCCACCGCAAAAUAACGAAAUGCCACUGAAUAACCAAAUGCCACUGAAUAACCAAACGCCACAGAAUAACCAAAUGCCACUGAAUAAUCAAAUGCAACGGAAUAACCAAAUGCAACCUAAUGCACACCAGCAUCGUAUUCCACAAACAACCUAUCAAAAGCAACAGCCUGGGAAUAUGCAGGAAGCUAACAUGCUGAUGGGCCGUCUUUCUGUUGAGCAAUCUGCAACAUAUCCCGUCAACCUUCAGGAACAUAAACAAAUAGUACCACCACAACCUUUAACACCUCCCAAACCUCCAACAUCUCAGGAUCAUCAAAAAAAGAAUGCAAACCCAGAAAUUCUUCGAUGUACAUUGAAUGCUAUACCCCAAACAUCGUCGCUUUUAAAUAAGUGCAAAUUACCUUUCGGAGUGUACAUACAUCCUUUCAAAGAAAACACGAAUAUUCCAAUUAUAUCGUCUGUUAUAACUCGUUGCCGAUCAUGUCGUUCUUAUCUAAACCCAUUUGUAUCAAUUUUGGAUCAGCGACGAUGGCAGUGUAAUAUGUGUUUCAGAAUCAAUGAUCUUCCGGAAGAAUUAAGUUACGAUUAUUCAACUAGACAAUAUAAUGACGUAAGGAAAAGACCAGAGUUGACUUCAGCUUCUGUGGAAUUUAUUGCACCGUCAGAAUACAUGCUACGCCCACCACAACCAUCUGUCUUUGUUUUCGCCUUGGACGUGUCUUUCAAUGCUAUUAACACAGGUUAUUUACAGUAUGCAUGUGAAACUAUAUCACAAAAUAUUGACAAAUUACCAGGGGAUUCAAGAAUGAUGAUGGGUUUCAUAACAUUUAACAGUUCUGUCCACUUUUACAGCUUGAAGUCUUCACAAAGUCAACCUCAAAUGUUUAUCAUGUCAGAUUUAGAAGAUGUUUAUCUUCCUGUUCCUGAUGGUCUGCUAGUCAAUGUCAAAGAAAAUAAAGAUAUGAUUUUGCAAUUCCUCCAAUCACUACCUGCAUCUUUCUCGACAGAGGUGGAUACAAAUUCAUGCACUGGAGCUGCAAUGGUUUCUGCAAGAAAAAUGGUGUCAUCAACAGGUGGUAGGAUUACAGUGUUUCAAACAUGUCUUCCUUCUGCUGGACCUGGUAAAUUAAUGCAUCGUGAAUCAUCUGCAAUGUCUGCUCACACUAAGGAUGUUCAAUGUUUAAACCCGUCCACAGAUUUUUAUAAGAAACUGGCAUUAGAAUGUGCUGGAGAACAGAUUGCAGUUGACUUGUUUGUACUGGCUGGUCAAUAUUGUGAUUUGGCGUCUUUGUCUUGCGUAUCAAGAUAUUCAAGUGGAUCUAUUAAUUAUUACCCAGAAUUCCACGCAUCAAAAAAUCCAGCCAUGUUAGAGAAAUUCAAACAUGAUUUAAAACGAUAUUUGACACGAAGCAUAGGAUUUGAAGCAGUUAUGCGACUGAGAUGUACCAAAGGUUUGAGUAUCCAUACAUUUCACGGCAACUUUUUCGUGCGGUCGACUGAUCUGUUGUCGUUGCCGAAUGUGACGCCCGAUCAUAGUUUCGCCAUGCAAAUUUCGAUCGAGGAUUCGUUAACAGAAUGCAACACAGUAGGAUUUCAAGCUGCGUUACUGUAUACAACGACGAAAGGGGAGCGUCGCAUCCGUGUACACACCUUGUCACUACCUGUCACUUCCAAAAUGAGUGAUGUAUUUGCAUAUGCAGACCAAGAAACUGUUAUUUGCUCCCUCUCCAAAUUAGCUGUCGAUCGAACUUUGAUGUCCUCCCUUGGUGAUGCUAGAGAGGCUUUAAUGAAUGCGUGUAUCGAUUGUUUAAAAGUGUAUCGAUCGGAAGUAGCCAAUCAGCGUGGUUGUUUGUCUGUUUUGGCGCCUCAUCAUUUGCGAUUAUUACCCUUGCAUGUUCUAGCUCUACUGAAGAAUGACGCUUUUAAACUUGGUGGUAGUGUACCACUAGACACUAGAGUGUUUUCCUUGCUGGAAUUUAAAUGGCUACCGUAUUUCGAAAACGGCUUAAAGAUAUACCCUCGAUUGUAUUCCAUACUGGACUUGUUGGAAGAGCGUGAAGACAAGCCGCCGUAUGUUCCCAUAUUACAAGCAUCUGCUGAGAAACUUAGCCGCCAGGGAAUAUAUUUAAUGGAUACGGGGAAGGUAUUGUACAUGUUUGUUGGACGAAAUGUUUCGGAACAAACUGUACAACAACUUUUUAAUGUUGAAAAUGUUGCAGCUCUUCCUGAGAAAUUGAAUCGACUGCCUGAGUUAGAAAACCAGGUGAACAUAGAAACAAGAAAAUUUAUUGAAAAGUUAAGAAGUGAUCGUUCGUUUUAUGCUGUAUUAGAAGUUAUCAGGGAGGACACAAGAAAUCGAAUGUUAUUUUUAAGCAACUUGAUGGAUGACAGGACAGAAUCUUCAAUGUCCUAUCAAGAAUUCUUACAGCACAUACAAAGACAGUUAAAUGGUUGAAUCUUAUCGUUUUGGAGAAAGUUUUAAUGGCUACCCGUAAUAAAGGCGAAGUCACUUCGUAAGAGUUAUAACAAGCACAAAGAGACAGCGGUGUUUUACCAAGUUUACGAAUCAUGCGUAAAUGUUGUUAAGAACACUAAAUAAUAAUUUUAAUUAGAUAUAAAAAAAAAUUAUCAAAUUUUUAUUCCUAUUUAUGGUGCAUGAUAAUUCUUUCUUUGCUCUCCUAAAAUAAAAAUCUUUCGUGAAUUAAUUUUCAUUUUUAUUCGUCAACCUGCUUAUUGUAUUCUUCAUUUUGAUUAUUCGCGUUUAUAAAAAUAAUUUUAGUUGGUGUAAACACAGAUUGUGUAAGGACUGGUGAAUCAGUCCGUAAGGGAAUGAGCUUUGUGUAUACUACAGAAUUUUUAUGAAUCUUUAUGAAUUUAAACAGUUAUCGUAGAAUUAUAUGUCUAUACUUUCACUAUAAUAUGAAAUAUUUUAUCUCAGAUCUGAAAUAAGCUUGUGACAGAAACGGCGCUUCAUAUGAUUUUAAACACGUUCAUAUAUAUAUAAGCAACUCCAAUUUUCGGGUUAGGCUUGGUUGUCUAGUUUCUUAAUUAACUGCUACUUUUUUUGCUAGCACAGUAUUGACAUCUUCCCUGGAUCGUGUUCGACAGUAUUGAACUCGACAAACUAGUGUGCUAACGCAUGUUAUAUGUUUCGCUUCUGAGUAGACAUCUGCCACGAUUUACAUCACGGUUCAAGUUUGCUAACCAAGGUAAAAAAUAUUCUGAGGGUUUUUCAAAGCAUAAGGAGUUUGCUUAGUUUUUAGUUCGUACAAAAAGAAGAGGCGUGUGUACACAAGGUUAAAAAUGUUCGCUAACUACAGCUAAAAAAUAUUUUUCGUUACGUGUCUCUUGUUUAUCUUAUUUUGCUCUUGUUAAUGUGAGGUUUUAACCUUCCUAAAUAAUUCACCAAUUUAUUGUUCUUGAUUGCAAUUUUUAAUUAAAUUAAGUCCUUUCCUUUUCCUUAUCGUCAGAACAGAUCUUUCCCCAGAAUCCGUUUCCCGAUCUAAUUUAUGCUUCUUCUUAAAAAAGGGAGUGGUCUUUGUGCAACUUUUGUGAAGAUAGGAAAAAUUCUAUCGCGCAACAUCCGUUCCUAUGUUUAAAAUCGUGACAAAUUCUUCGUCAAUUUUAACGCGAAACGAAUAUAAAUAUUUACCGAGAAAGAGAAGUGAGGUUUUUUUUAUAUAACUUAUAACUUUAUUUUACAAUGACUUUCGUAGCUCUUUCUGAAAAUUGUUAAAAACUAUUCAUGCAAUUUUGAAGCUAAUUAAUAUGCUAUGUUGUUUUGUUCUCUACAAGCCGUCCAUCGUCUUAAAAGUCAACGCAGGGUUUCAAAUUUCUCUGGUAAUUCGUGAUUAGUUGUGCAAAAAAUACGUCGUGUUUAGACAUGCAGCGCAUGCGUAUUCCUGAUUUUUUCGAUAUGUCAUCAAGCUCAUUUUCAAUAAUUUACUUCAUGUAGUAAUAUUGCACAAGAUAAUGUGAAUGUU